UUAUUGAAUGACAGUAGCUAGCAAGAUUGAGUAUACUCAAUCUCAAAAACAUUAGCGAUGUUUUCACAGACAUGUUGACAUUGUAUACCUAUUGAUUUCGACUCGCUGAUCACUGUCGUAUCUGGAUAUGCCCCAGCUAUAAACUACACUUUAGAAGGUAAGUUAGACACAUGCAUUACAUGGUUAUUAUCGAGCUAGCGAUGGUUGUUGUUGUUGCCAACUAGCUAGCUACAGUAGCUAUCCUUUGAUCAUGGUGGUUCUUGCAACCUGACGGGUAGCAUUCAUUGAUCCGAGCUGUAGCCAGCAAAAUGAAGCUGUUCUUUUCUUCAUAGCUUUUGCACACUGCUAUGCUGUCUGUCCGUCAUUCUCAGCCAACUUGUCUGGCAGGUGCUUCCUACAGAAGGCAAGGAUGAGUCGUUUUCUAAAUGUUCUGCGGAGUUGGUUGGUAAUGGUGUCUGUCAUUGCCAUGGGAAACACAGUCCAGAGCUUCAGCGAUCACAGCUUCCUCUCUGAGAAGCUCUACACGGGGACACCAGAGUUUGGUGAGUAGUUUCUACACAUUAUUGGAAUGCUCUCUCUAAAGCAGGCCAUGCAGAUGGACACCUUACCCUGCGAGGGCGGGGUGGGUGCAGGCUUUUGCCCUAGCCAAGCAGCAACCUGAUUUGUUUCCUUUAAUCAAUUCCUUCACUGAAUUAUGAUUUGAUGUAUCAGGUGUUUCUGUUUGACUGGAGCAAAAGCCUGCACCCACACGGCCCUCGCAGGGUAAGGUUUCCAUCUGCUGCUGUAGAGUCUAGCUCUUGAACACCCUUUUUAUAGGGUUUUCAGAGGUUAGCUUUGCACACGGUUGGCUGCGUGUGAACUACAAUUCUGUUGCGGUGUUUUAACGUUUAUAAAUGUCAAUAAUCAUUGCUUUCUAAACAUAUGGCCCUUAUCUUUUAUAUCAGCGAGAAAUAAUAUUUCAAAUAAAAAAAUACACACUGACUGUAGCAGUUUUGCACAUAUCCAUACGCUGUGUGUGUCUCCAGUUGACGAACUACACUUCCUCCUCAGUUACGCUUACACAUAGGUGUUCGGGGCACGUUAGAUAGCUAAUUAGCACAGGUGGCUGCCUAUGUCUUCCGUCUGUCUUCCGUAAACAAGCACUGUAACAUCAAGAUAUGGCUGUGUGGGAACACUAACUCUACUAAGGUGUGUUGUAAUUUAGCCUUUUGUUUUUUGAAAAUUAUAUAUUGCUGAUGUGAAAGAUAGGUUCCUUAUGUUAACAAAACUGAUGCAUUUUAAACGUUCAGAAUGAGCGUCAGGGCUCUUAACAAAACUCCCCCGAGCAGAAGAUACUACCGUCAAUAGGCGCAAAAGCAGUUAGUCUCUAUGAUUGGGGUACUGUAGAGUCUAUCCAUACAAUCCUACAAAUAUCCUGUAGGAUUUUGUCAUUAUGCCUGUGUAUAAGAAUGUGGGUUACACAUUGAUUUGUCUACAUCACAGGAGCUUCACAGUAGCAGUAUGCUCUGUCUCCUCCAUGGUGCAAGGAAUUCAUAGAACUUAAUUUAGGUGUUGCUUCCUUUUUACAGUAAAUGGCCUCCAAGCAAGAACAUUUGGAAUCUGGACAUUGUUGUCGUCAAUUAUCCGCUGCACGUGCGCCAUUGACAUUCAGAACAAAACGUAAGAUUUCCUACAUCCCUGCACUGUUGUGUCUGUUCAUGCAGCAUUGAGUGUAUUAGCUGAUUCAUGUUCUGUGGGAGUUAUCCUAAAUAGUUAUCUUUCUCCUCUUCCUGCAGGCUCUAUCACAUCACCCUGUGGACAUUUGUACUGGCUCUGGGACACUUCCUGUCUGAAGCCUUCAUCUACAAAACGGCACCUCUGACCAUUGGCGUUAUGGCACCUCUCAUUGUGGCGAGUAAGUACUGCAGCUCUAUAAUCCCAUCUGAUCAAAUAGUGAGCUUGUUUUGUUAUAACCAGGAACAACACAGUGUUACCAGGUACAGAAUGUGCAUCGCUCAACAAAAUGUUUCAUCUGAUAUCAUUUGCUCAGAGCUUGUGCUGCUGGUGUCUGUUAUUGCAGAGGAAACCCCAUUGCAUCCUCUCACCUCUCCAGGUUUCUCUAUCGUGGGAAUGCUGAUUGGGUUCCAUUGUGGUCCAGAGCCUCAGGAGGAGGUGGCUGCACGGCAUAAGAAGCGGAACUGAUUCCAAGCUGCAGAAAACUGUUGUCAUGCAUUGUGCCAUUUAGCCCACCAAUAGAGAGAGCUGUGGGACAGUCUACUGCUUCUUGUCUUUAAUAAUGAGUGGCCUAGUUACUAAACUGUGUGUACACAAAGACAAGUCCAAUAGGUCGAAACUUUUAAGAGGGGGUAUACAAUAACUGGAAUUUAUUUUGCAGGUGAUUUGUACCUGUGCUACGUGAUUUGUACCUGUGCUAGAAUAUACUAUGGUUUAUGGC